UUUGGGGGCAAGAGUGGGACAGGGCUGCCAGCUUGUCGUCCUGGCUUCCACGGCUGUCUGCCUCUGCCCUGAGGUUAUCCCCUCUCCCUCAGUCCCUGUCUUUCUCUGGGAAGGGUGGAAGCGGUUCCUGGACCUCCAAUCUUUUAAUGAUGGGUGAGAUGGAGGCGCUUAUGUUGGUGACUGGGGCCAGAGCUCCCCCUGCCAGUCCUGGGGUGCCUACGGGAGGACUGCUUUGGUGGAGGAGCGGCUUCUGAAGCUUUGUGUAGACAGAUCUCCUUGAUAAGAUGAACCCAGUUGCCAGACAGCCCUGAAGGGGGAUUCGAACGAAGCAGCAGAGGUGAUGCUAUCGCUUGUUGCUACUCAGCUUUCAGGAGGAGUCUGGGCGUUAGAGGGAGGCUGUGGCUGAUCUCCUGAACCUGUCGGAGCUGGGACAGUAGUGGCGUUCGUGUUUCCUGGUGAGGGCUGUGAGCAGGGAGGGCCAGGAUACUGUGCUCCGAAAGCCACGGUUGUUUUGCCUUGGAUAGCUGGCAUUACCUGUCCUUUGGGCUCUUGGAAAUUUUCCACUUGCGUUUCAUAUUCUCAGAAGAAUUUCCAGCCCAGACUUUUCCUGCUCUGGCUCACUGCUGCUCACAGAUAUGCAAAGCAGAGACCUCCCAGCCCAACUGCAGCAGACAGGACCCAGCUAGCUGCGCUCACACACCACUCGCACAGCCUGCUGGGCAGCACGCAGGCAGCACCUGGCCCGAGUGUGUCACCCGCGGGCCAUCCUCAGCAUCGGCCAUGGAGACUCCGGCGCCAGGCUCAGCCGAGAUGCCGCGCCAGUUCCCCAAGCUGAACAUCUCUGAAGUGGAUGAACAAGUCCGCCUCCUGGCCGAGAAGGUGUUUGCUAAAGUGCUCCGAGAAGAGGAUAGCAAAGAUGCCUUGUCCCUCUUCACCGUGCCCGAGGACUGCCCCAUUGGGCAGAAGGAAGCCAAGGAGAGGGAGCUGCAGAAGGAGCUGGCGGAGCAGAAGUCAGUGGAGACCGCCAAAAGAAAGAAAAGUUUCAAGAUGAUUCGAUCCCAGUCCCUGUCUCUGCAAAUGCCGACGCAGCAAGAUUGGAAGGGUCCCCCGACAGCCAGCCCGGCCAUGUCUCCCGCAACCCCCGUGCUCGCUGGAGCCACUGCCCAGCCCACGCCAGCACCCUAUGUCAUGCCCGAGUUCCAGCGGGUCACCAUCAGUGGCGAUUACUGUGCUGGGAUCACCGUGGAGGACUAUGAGCAGGCUGCCAAAAGCCUAGCCAAGGCCCUGAUGAUCCGAGAGAAGUACGCACGGCUGGCCUACCACCGCUUCCCACGGACCACCGCCCAGUACCUGGGCCAUCGGCGAGCCGACACCACACCUCUGGAAGACGGCCUCCCAGACUUCCACCCUCCCCCGGGGCCCCAGGAGGACCCUUACUGCCUGGACCAUGCGCCGCCCAACCUGGGCUACCUCGUCCGCAUGCAGGGGGGCAUCCUCUUCGUGUAUGACAACGAGAAGAUGCUGGAGCGCCAGGAGCCCCACAGCCUGCCCUACCCCGACCUGGAGACCUACACGGUGGACAUGAGCCACAUCCUGGCACUCAUCACUGACGGCCCCACGAAAACCUACUGUCAUCGACGACUGAACUUUUUGGAAUCCAAGUUCAGCCUUCACGAGAUGUUAAAUGAAAUGUCUGAGUUCAAAGAGUUGAAGAGUAACCCGCAUCGAGACUUCUACAACGUGAGAAAGGUGGACACGCAUAUCCAUGCGGCGGCAUGCAUGAACCAGAAGCACUUACUGCGUUUCAUCAAGCACACCUACCAGACAGAGCCGGACAGGACUGUGGCUGAGAAAAGGGGCCAGAAGAUCACCCUGCGGCAGGUGUUCGACAGCCUGCACAUGGACCCCUAUGACCUCACAGUGGACUCGCUGGAUGUCCAUGCAGGCCGGCAAACAUUCCAUCGCUUUGACAAGUUCAACUCCAAAUAUAACCCUGUGGGGGCCAGUGAGCUGCGCGACCUGUAUUUGAAAACUGAAAACUACCUGGGAGGAGAGUACUUUGCUCGGAUGGUCAAGGAGGUGGCCCGGGAGCUGGAAGAGAGCAAGUACCAGUACUCGGAGCCACGGCUCUCCAUCUAUGGCCGCAGCCCUGAGGAGUGGCCCAACCUGGCCCGCUGGUUCAUCCAGCACAAGGUCUACUCGCCCAACAUGCGCUGGAUCAUCCAGGUGCCCCGGAUCUAUGACAUAUUUAGGUCAAAAAAACUGCUGCCAAGCUUUGGGAAGAUGCUGGAGAACAUCUUCCUGCCCCUUUUCAAGGCUACGAUCAAUCCCCAGGAUCACCGAGAGCUCCACCUUUUCCUAAAAUACGUGACCGGGUUCGACAGCGUGGAUGAUGAGUCCAAGCACAGUGACCACAUGUUCUCGGACAAGAGCCCCAGCCCGGACGUGUGGACCAGCGAGCAGAACCCGCCCUACAGCUACUACCUGUACUACAUGUACGCCAACAUCAUGGUGCUCAACAACCUCCGCAGGGAACGAGGCCUGAGCACGUUCCUGUUCCGGCCUCACUGCGGGGAGGCUGGUUCCAUCACCCACCUGGUGUCGGCUUUCCUGACUGCAGACAACAUUUCCCAUGGGCUGCUGCUCAAGAAGAGUCCAGUACUGCAGUAUCUCUACUACCUUGCUCAGAUCCCCAUCGCCAUGUCUCCUCUCAGCAAUAACAGUCUGUUCCUCGAAUACUCUAAGAACCCUCUGCGGGAGUUCCUGCACAAGGGGCUGCAUGUCUCUCUCUCCACCGAUGACCCCAUGCAGUUCCACUACACGAAGGAAGCACUCAUGGAAGAAUAUGCCAUUGCAGCACAAGUGUGGAAGCUGAGCACGUGCGACCUGUGUGAGAUUGCCAGAAACAGCGUGCUGCAGAGUGGCCUCUCGCAUCAGGAAAAACAGAAGUUUUUGGGACAAAAUUAUUAUAAAGAAGGACCUGAAGGAAAUGAUAUUCGGAAGACAAAUGUCGCUCAGAUCCGGAUGGCAUUCCGAUAUGAGACUUUAUGCAACGAGCUCAGCUUCCUGUCUGACGCCAUGAAAUCUGAAGAGAUCACGGCCCUGACAAAUAGAGUCAGCACUCAACAUGCAUUUUAGCCUUCUGGUCGAAUUUCAAAUCUGCUGGUACUAACAAUGGCCAAGAUACCUAACUAGGACUUUUCUCUAUGAAGAGGAUGCCUCUGAAGGAAUUUCAAACUAGUGAUUUUGGCGGCACUAUUCACUUAAGCUCUAACCCACUUAUGUCUCUAAGUUGGUGACUUCUUGGGGAUCUAGGUUUUUAAUCUGUAUUGUUCUUAAUUUUCCAUAUAGUUUUCUUGAAACCUCCAGAGCUUGAAUUGUUGGGGCCAAGAUUUUCCACCAUCAAAUGCCAAGUGACAUGAGGUCUGUGUGGUUUCCGGCCCCAUUCCUCUCUAUAGGCCCUGCAGGCUAAUUGGUAGUUGUUCAUUUCAGCCUCUGGUUGGCUGGCUGCCUUAAACUAGAUCAGUUGUGAAGCUCCCUUUCAUAAAGGGGCUACUUUGAGAGAAUUAAAAUAGGAGACUCCCUUCUUGACAAUUUGUGUUUUUUAAAAAUAUAUUUUUAAGUGAAUUCCUCGACUGUUUUAUUUAGUCCUCCUCCCUCCUUCCUAGUUAGGAAACCAAAUGUACUCAUUAAAAGAGCCGCUUCUAUUUUGAGUCUUGGUUUCCUCCUCUGGAGAGUGAGUUGAGUAGACAAGUGGUUUUUAAACAGUGUUCUUUGAACAUCGUCAUGGACCACUUGCUUUGGGGAGGGGGACCAUGGGGUAAGUGAACAGUCUAGGGACUGUCAAAGUGAAUGCUUCCAUCAGUUUUAUGUUGGGGCUGCUACUUAGUAUUUUUGUUUAAACUAAGGCUUUGGAAAAGCGCAGGACGAGAUGAUCUCUGCUCCUUUUGGCUCUAGUAUUCUGUAACUGUAGUCCAGUUAUUUCACUAAUAAGAGUUAGGGCCAGACAAUUAAGGUCACAUAGCUAACAAGUCACAGAACUAGAACCAAGUAUAUUACUAAUCCAGUUCAUUCCCCACUAUUCUUUUAGGCCUCAUAAAUUAAAAAAAAAAAAAAAAAUCACUAUAACCUGGUGCAUUUUUCUUAAAGGCGACAUUUCCCCUUCCCCUAGUAUGAAAGUUUCUUCAGAAGGUAGAGUGGUCCCAAGAGACAGAUAGGAAGUAUUUUAAAGACCAAUCUUAAUUUAAGCUCUAUUCAUGUAUUUUUUUUUUUUUUGGAGAGAUUUUCACUGUAGGGCGCGUGCGCUCGCCAGACAGAGAGAGACAUAGAGACAGAAAGCGAGAAAUC